GGUGUGAAUCGCCAUUUCCACAUGAUUUGUAUCCGGGAUAAGUUCAGCCAGAAUAUCGGACGGCAGAUCUCAUCCAAAGUGAUCUGGGACCAUCUGAGCACCAUGUAUGAUAUGCAGGCUCUUCAUGAAUCUGAGAUUCUUCCAUUCCCUAAUAUAGAGAAGAAUUUUGCUCUUCCUGACGAAAUGAUUCAAGAAGUGAGAGAAGGAAAAGUAAUGAUGGAAGAAGAAGUGAAAGAGGAAAUUUUAAAAGAAGAGAUGGAAACUCAUGCAGGUCCUGAAGAAGUUUUUGCACCCUCUGGAAGUUUAGCAAAAACAACUGAAAAGCCAAGCAGCAAAGAGAAAGAGAAAACUUCAUCAGAUCCUGGAUCCAAAGAAGGGUCUGAUAAGAGGAAGCGCAACAGAGUCACCGAGAAGGUUCUAAAUGCCAACAGCAACCCCUCGAGUCCCAGCGCCGCCAAACGACGCAGGACGUAGAGCUGGGAGCAGUGAAAAACUCUGGGAUGGGAGGAGGGAGCAGGACAAACAAGGAGCAGCACAGUCACUGCAUAAACUUUGGGAGGAAGUAAAAGCUACCUGAGCCAGUAUUUGAGGAAUCAGCGCAUUGGCUUUGUCUCUCCUGGGGUGUUUUCUGGGCAGCAGUGAGGAGCCGCCUUCCCGGGGUGUGGGCACAGAGCUGGCAGUGGGGAGGGUGGGUGACAGUGCCAGGGCUGCAUUUCAAACCAGCAACACACUCUGUGUCAGCACAGCUCGUGGAGAGAGUGCCCCAUGGGGCACAGGGCCUUGGAGCACCCAGAGCAGAGGUGGUUUCUGUAAAUGUGGGGUUGUUCUGCCUUUGCUGUCUGUGAUUAUUACAGACCAUCUGUGGGUAAUGUCUGGCCAUUUCCCUUCCAUUUGUAUCAAAUGUCUCAAUUUGUUGGUUCAGUUAAAACUUAAAUUCUUCUAAAUGCAGAUAACCACUGCAUUUGAAGUGUUCUGUCACUCUCUUUGCUGGAGGAACCUCAUUUCACCUUUUUUGAUGGAACAUUUCCUAACCACAAGUGAAGUGAAAAUUACAAUGCCCCUAGCCCAAAUAAUGAGUAAGUGUCCUAAAUAAAAGAUCUGGUGAUGACAGAUGGUUUUAUAAGGGAUCAGUUGAGCUGUGCAUGAACAUGGAAGUGUUGCUUCAUCCAUUUGUAAUACAGUAGUGUAUGACAGUGGGGUUUGUACUUAAUUAUUUAUUUUUUUAAAGCAGUUUUAGUAGAUGUGAAUGGAAUUGGUUUUCCAAAAUGUUCAUUUUGUUCUACAACUGAAGAAUCUUGCUGACAUUGUAAUGCUUAUCUUUUAUAUGCUAGAACAUUGAGAUUUGAUGAAGUUCCUAUUUUUGUGUUGUCAAAAGAUGGAUCGCAGUCAACAAACACCUGUUAAAUGGUGAAUGAAGCAGGCUGAAAUGGUACUGAAUUUGUUUCUUUAUAUUAACUAUCAGUUAAUAAAAAGAAGAAUUAGUUCUUGAUUUCUCAGUAUUGCCUUCAAGGUGAGGCACUAGGAGUUUUCUCAUUUUUUUUGUUUAUUCUAGGUACAUAGCCACAUUCUUGUCUGCCUAAUUUACUUCUCUUGUUUUAUACAAAAAAUAAACUUGACUUG